AUGGUCCAGCGCCGCCGUUUCGCCGUCCGCGCGAUGGACGACGCGAAACGCGUCCGGAAAUUUGCCGCGGACCAGCCGUGCAGCCAGCCGAAGGUCGACCUCAUGUUGGUGCUCGACACUUCCGGCUCCGUCCACAACGCCUUCGACAAGGAGCGGGCUUUUGCUCUUGAUCUUGUCGAACGAUUUGAGGAGCAAGACUUUGAGGACAGAAUCCGGGUCUCGGUGAUUCGGUUUGCUUCUGAUGCCCAGAUCGUGGUUCCUUAUCGGCAGGGGACGACCAAGAAGGAAGUCAUUGAGACCAUCCGAAACAUCGAGUUCACCGGGCAGAACACGAGAAUCGCGACGGCUGUCGAGUUGGGAGUGGCACAUCUUGAGAAGCAUCAACGGCAAGACGCUCAACAGAUCUUCGUCCUAAUCUCCGACGGCCACGGCCAAGAAUUCUGGAACGUGGUCCAGGCGACGGGGAAGAGGCUGCAGGAGACGGAGUGGGAGGUCUUUUCAGUCACCGCAUCCAGAGACUUCAACUUGGAAGAGCUGAAGAUGUACGCCGGCGAGGACGCCAGGGUGUUUAUCGGGCCGAAAAGCGGCAGCUUCCUCCCCAUCGUCGGCAAGUUCAUCGACCGCUGCAUUGAGAAGCGGGGUACUGUAGAGGGCAGUGGCCAAAUUGAGCCCAACGAGCCCAAGAAAAAGCAAGAAAAGGAAGUGGAGGGAUCGGGGGUGGAAGAAGCCCAAACCAUCCAAACGACUACUACCGAAGGGACGCUGACCACGGAGGAGGCUACGAAUUGCAACCUCGACAUCAUCCUGGUGGUCGAUCGCUCCCAAUCCGUCGAAACGGACUAUCAGAAAGAGCUCAAAACGGCCACCGACGUCGUGGGGCUCGCCUCAAAAUCGGCCUACGAAACGGGCCAAGUCCGCGUCGGCGUCACCUCGUUUGCUAGGGAGGGAAAGCUGGAGAUACCGCUUCGAAAAGCCACCAGAGCCAACAUUACGGACAUGAUUUCGAGCAUCUACCACACUGGGGGAAGCACGUCGGCCGUGGCUGGAGUUGAGCAGGCGAUCAGGCACCUGUUGCCAGCGCGCCGCCCAAAAACCCGGCUUCUCGUCGUGCUCAUCUCCGACGGGCACAGCCAGGACUUUUGGGACAAGCUGACCAAGACGGCCAGAAUCCUUCAAGCCCUGCCGAACUCGUUGUUCUUGGCGGCCACGAAUUCGGAGAAGUACUCGUUGAGCGAGUUGACGGCCUGGACCGGCAACGCCUCGCACGUCUUCCACUCGCAGCAGAUCCCCGUCUUUCUCGACAGGGACCAAAUUAUUGCGAACGUAGCAUCGAAGGUUCAAGAAAUCGAGGGGUCUGGAGAUGUGGAAGGAUCCGGAGAUGGUGUUAUCACAACUGACGCCGUCAUCGAGAAGAACACGCCUGCGAACCACACCGAUGAGCCGCUGACCGACUCGCACGAGCAGAAGCCGCGCGGAGUCAGCGAUCCACUAAACGAGGGUAUCCCGCUGGUGACGAGGCCUGGCACGAUCAAGUCGACUUUCGAUGGAAAAGGACCCUGCAAGGUCGACCUCGUCUUCGUAGUCGACAUCUCCACCUCAGUUGAGCAGGAGUUUGAGAAGCAAAGGCAGUUCACCCUGGAUCUGGUAAAUCGCCUUCCCCGUGAAGAUUUCGACAACCGAGUCCACGUCGGGAUAAUCGCUUUCCACAAUCAGGCGCGCGUCGUCGAGCCGCUCGGCAGACAACGAACAAAAGAAUCGAUCAUCAACGUCCUGUCCAACAUCACCGACGAGGGCGGCUCGACCUCGGUGGCGGCGGGGAUGAAGCUGGCGGCUGAUGAAAUUACACGAGGCAGAAGGAGUGACGCCAGGCAAAUGGUUGUGCUUGUAUCUGAUGGAAACAGCCAAGACCUUUGGCGACAGGUAAUCCUGACGUCAGGUCUCGUAAAAGCUCUCGCCGUCGAUGUUUAUGCCAUUACCGUACACCGCGACUAUUUAUACAAGGAACUCGAGAUGUACUCCUCCGGUCCCGAUUAUGUCUUUGUCGGCCCGAAAAUCCCCGAAUUUCUAGACGCCACCGAACGCGCCCUACUGAACUGCUUGGCCCCGAACGUCACCCUGGACGUCGAGGACCGAUUA